AGGCGGCUCUUCCUCUCCGCGCGCGUGCGCUUGCCUAGUGCGGCGCGUGGGGCACCUGCUUGUCUGGGCUGCUGUUUGCCGCUGCCGCCAGCGCCACGCAGGGCUGCUGAAGCUAAGAGCUGCUGCUGCUGCUGCUGCUGCUGCUGCCGCCUCCUCGUCCUCCUUACUGCCGGUUCCAGUUCCUUCCUCUGCUGGCGCCGCUAGUGUUGCUUCUGCUUCUGCUGCCGUGCGAGCGACUUGGGCUCCUCCGGUGGGGUUUGCCCCUUCCCCGCCUGCUCCUUCCCCCCCACCCCCUUUUGCCUGCGAGUCAGCCUGGCUCCGAAUCACGUGGCAAUUGCCUGAGGCUGAGACUAAAGAGGGGGAGGAAUAAAAAAAGGGGGGAGAGCGAGCGAGCAAAAAGCGCCUCAUUCCUUCUUCCACCGCCAUACUGUAUUUUAUAGUAACUCGCAUUUUUAUUCCUUCCUUUUACUCCCGCUCGGUGAGUACCUUUCCGCUGACAUUCUUGUCCUCCUUUUUCGUCCUGUUUUUUCCCCUCUCUCUUCCUUUUUUUGUUUUUGUUUUUGCUGCUUUUUUAUUUUUUAACCUCUUUGUUUUCAUGGAUUUGAUCCUUUUUCUGAUGACAAGUUUUUUUUUCUUAGCAUGCGAUGGUUUACUAAACUGGGAGCAAAAGGUGUUGCUGGAACUGGAAGUCACUGGGAGCCUAAAGAGGAAAGGAGAAAGAGAGCGAGCGAGAGAAAUAGACUUGCCAGUCCAGCAAUAACGUAAAUGCAGAUAAAUUAUACGUAUUUAUACAUAUGCAACUGGUUUUGUUGUGAGAAAGAAAGAAAAGCGAUGUGAAUUAUGAUGCAUAUUUUUUUAUUAAAAAAAACCCAAAGAGGUGAGAAAUGGGCAUGUUGCUUAAACUCUGUUUUGCAGAGAUUUUUGAUGGUGGUGUUUUGUUUUUUUUGUUUUUUUGUAUAUAUAUGAGAUUUGAAAAUGCAUUUUACAGCAGUGUUUACAAAGAGUUUGUAAUCUUGCAAUACUGGUGCAAGCCACUAAGCAAGAUAUUAAUUUUGUUAAAUGGUUUUUGUUUUUCGUUUUGUUUCCUUUUUUUGGACACCCGGUUGCAAUCAGCCGUUUUUCUUCUUUUUCUGUUUUUGGUGCCCGGUUAUAAUGUGAAACUUUUCUUGCAGCUUGGUACUGUUGAUCAUUUUUAAAUACACCCCCACUUCCUAAAAAAAAAUAAUACCAUAUUGCAAAAAAGAGAGAAAAAGCCAAAGAUAAUUCCUUUCCAAAAUUUCACUUUUUUAUUCUUUUAUACCGAGAUAAUGUUAUGAUGAUUAUCAUAAUGUUGAUAGAUAUACACAUAUAUACAAAUAAGUACGUUUUCAAAUGAUGGCAGUGGAAGGUUUUCCUGGAGAAUGAAGUGCGGUUUGGUUUCCUUGUCAACGGAAGAUGAAGUGAACAACUGAACAUCUCCCCAGUGCAGGGCUGAAGUCAAGCGAGCCAACCAUGACCGGCAAAACACAGACCAGUAAUGUCACCAAUAAGAAUGACCCCAAAUCCAUCAACUCGAGAGUUUUCAUUGGCAACCUCAACACAGCCAUUGUCAAAAAGGGUGACAUAGAGGCGAUCUUUGCAAAGUAUGGAAAAAUAGUUGGCUGCUCGGUGCACAAAGGUUAUGCGUUUGUACAGUAUAUGAGUGAGAGGCACGCAAGGGCUGCUGUGGCAGGAGAGAAUGCCAGGAUCAUCGCGGGGCAACCUCUCGACAUCAACAUGGCAGGAGAGCCCAAACCAUACAGACCUAAGCCUGGAAACAAGCGGCCACUUUCAGCUCUCUACAGACUUGAAUCGAAGGAGCCUUUCCUGUCUGUUGGUGGCUAUGUCUUUGAUUAUGACUACUACAGGGAUGAUUUCUACAAUCGGUUGUUUGAUUACCACAGCCGGGUCCCUGCAGCGCCUCGUGCUGUAAUUCCAUUAAAACGCCCACGUGUAACUGUCACAGCGACUCGCAGAGGAAAAGGGGUAUUUUCCAUGAAAGGGGGAUCAAGAUCUACAUCAAGUGGAACUUCAUCAUCGGGGUCAAAAUUGAAAUCAGAUGAGCUACAAACAAUCAAGAAGGAAUUAACUCAGAUCAAAACAAAAAUUGACUCUUUGCUAGGGAGGCUGGAGAAGAUUGAGAAGCAGCAGAAGGCUGAAGCUGAAACCCAAAGGAAACAAAUAGAAGACUGUGCAGACUUGAUCCAAGAGGAAUCUAUAUCAGAGAACGCUGACAAUUCCACAGAGGAUCCUAUAGAGGGAGGUUUAGAUGCAGAUGGAGAUGGCGGAGAGAUGACUGAUGGGAUAGACGAGGACUUUGACGAGGAUGGAAGUAACGAGCUGUUUCUACAGAUCAAAUGAAUUUGGAAUGACAUCCAGUCCCCUUGGAAACCAAGAACAUAAUAAUUCACAGACUCCUCCAUGUGGAAAUGUGAGCUGCUGUUUCUUGCUGGCUAGCAACAUCUUUGACUCAAUUUUUAUGGGGCGGGGAAAUGAAUUUACUUCUUGAAAUGGACAUUACCAUUCAAAACUUAGAAAUUCCAUUUCUUAUAUGUUCUAAAGCUGUACAAUUGUCAGAUUUAUAUGGUUUAGAUUGUAAAUGUGUUUUUUCCUGGCUAAUUAUUGGUAUUAUUUUUUUAAUUUUGAUGUCAGAAGGCCAAUGAAUUGUAUGAUAAUAUGAAGGACAUGUUUAAAAUGAAGGAGACACUGUAUACAAAUGUAUAUUUGUAAAAGCUAUUUUUAUGAUUAGCAUGUUUUAUGGUUCAUCAUAUUAAAAGUCAGGUGAUAUUGCACUUAAAUGUUUACAGCAUAACAAAAUGAGAUCAUGAAAGAUUUAUGAUCUAAUAUGUUAAAUAGUAUUUUAAUUAUUUGUAUUUAUUUAUAUUCCUGUUUUAGAGCCAGUGCAUUUAUUAAGAAGUAGGGUCAUAUUGGAGGUCAAAGUAAUAUCCAUGCUCAGAUUUAUUUAUUUUUACAUCAUAAUGCCAAAACAAAUAUAAUUUGGAUAUAGUAGUUUUGUGCGCAAUAUAUAUCCCAUUGAAAUCAAUGGAAUAACUACCACUUAUUUCAAUACUCUGAACUGUGCUCUUGAAUCUAAGGAUGUUGUAAAGCUACACAGAUACAUUUGCUGCUCUCUGACAUAACCAUAUGUCAGACAGCAUGGAUUGAAACAUGAUUUUAUUUCUUUUAAAAAGAACAGUAAUACUAAAACUUCCAAGAGUGUUGCCAAAUCAAAAGUUGGCAUGUUGUUCGAUUUCAUAAUUACUCCAUAACCCACAUUUUCCAAAUUGCCAGAAUUGAAGUCGCAUGAUCAUGGCAGUAUGUUUGGGGUUGGCAACCAAACUUUGUAGGUAGCUCCCCAUAAGGUUAGUCCAAUGACCUGGACUUAUUUUAAACCAAACAUCUAUAAUCCUACCACAGUUUGCCUGGUGUUAAAAUUGCCCCGAGCGAUUUGGAUGCACCUAACUGAACAGAGAGGCAGUUCAGAUUUCUUCGUGGCAUCCCUGCCAAUAAAAUAUGAAGGAGGCCCUGGAUUGUGCAAUAUCUUUCUCUGCCUUUGUUUCUCAUUCCUAAGUGUUUCUUGUGCUCUCAAAAUAAGGCUGCCCAACUGUAUGUUAAUUUAUUCUGUGGUUUCUUCCCCACACACCUCACCAAAUCUGGUGAAUUUUUCCCCACAUGCUAAUUGGAAAAUAUUUAUAGAUACACUAAAUAUUGUACAGCUGUGACUGCUUCUGCUCCAGGGAAAGAGCUGGUGAUUUGACAAUGCUGAAAAUAAAACUGCAUGGAUCAGAAAAGCCUUUCCACCACCUCAGUUUCUCUCCUCUGCUGGGAGUACCGUACCAUAUACCUCUGCACACGGGGGAAAUGGGUCAAGAGUUUUGGGUUGUUGUUUUUUUCCUUUCCAGAAUUCUCACAUUGUCUUUUUACAUAGUUCAGUUUUAUGAUUCCUAAAUAAAGCUAAAAGUACAUUUUAGCUUUUAGUAAUAUUAAUAUAUAACUUCUCUUAAGUUUUAAUGAGUUUCCCAAUGUCAGGGUGUUCUUGUGUAAUUAAAUUAUUUGGCCAUUCUUAACAAGAUUCAGGGCCCUUUCAGAUGGGGGGAUCACAUGGUCACUAAACAUGUGGGGAGGGGGGCAUCCCCAUUCUGUCACCCACACAGGUUUGCUACAAACAGGCCACUGCCCCCACCCACACAAACUAUCUGAAAGGUGCCUUACAGACUUGACAAUGAUACUUUCUCAGAGUACUUUCUCUAGUGCAUAGAGAACUUUUUGUUCAGUUUUGAGAGACAGAAUAUUUAUUUCCCACGAUUUCGUGUCAUCUUACAUACACCUUCCCUACAAAUUACUGACACCGGCAGACCUAUAAACCACAGUGCAGAAUACUUCUGCCACAUGCUAGUUUCUUAGCACAAAUCAUUCGUACAAUAUGCAUUUAGGUAGGGACAUGGACCAAAGAAUAACUUGUCAUUCUGAUAACCUGGCGAGCAAAUCUGAAUAACCCCAAUUUAGAAAACCACCCCGGUCAGCUGGGAAUAUGAACCUGUCAGAUACAAAGUCAGGCUUAUCAGUCCAUCUAGUCCAGUAUUGCCCGCCUUAACUGUGUCUGACACACAGGUCCCCCCUAGCCCUGCCACCUAUUUGUAUGUGAAAAGAAGCUGCUCUACCUCCAUGUGCCCCAGUCUGUUGCUUUAUUACAGCAUUUGCACUUGAGCAUGCUGGUUUCCAUGUAUGCACUUUCUUCCUAAGCUCAUGCAAUAGUUACAAAAAGGAAAGGUUCCCCCGCCCCGCCCGAUCCCAAAUCUAGCAUGUGGAGCAUGAUCCAGCUUCUCCUUUACUGUGAGUACAUCAGCCACGUACCUCUGUGACACAGGGGGACCAAAUUGUCUCCAUUUGUCAUCCAAUGAAGGAAACCAGAUUCUUUUUUAUUUCUUCUUUUCACUUUUCUGUAUCCUUACAUUAAGUCUUGUUAUAUCUUUUUGUCUACAACAAUUAUUUCCGAGCAGGGAAAGUGGUUUCUAAAAUGUCAAAAAACAUUGUUACCUGUAUAUACUUUCUGCAGCCCUUUUCAAAGCCAUGGUAGUUUUUAAAAAUCUAUGAUAGGAAGUUUAUUUGCACUGAAUAUAUUGCCCAUGUGUUCUCGUGUAAUCAUUUCAUGACGGUUCUGUUCCAAAAGUUGUAACAUAAUUUUUACAUUCCUGUAAAUAAAUAUUUUCUCUGACUA